AUGACAAGGAGUAUAGGCAGUUUGACACUGGGCAGAAAUGGUACACAUGAGCAGGUCACCUUCCUGACAAACACAGAGAAGAAGGCCGCCAGACGAAAGACUGGACUGAUAGUGGCCGUGGUUCUCGUCGCUUUGCUGGUGCUCGCUGCUGUUGCUGCUGUCCUAAUAUGGCUGUUUGUUGUAAACCCAAAUGGGGGUGGAGCGCUGGGCCAGAAGAGAAGUCCAGCAGUCCAGGUAUACAGUGGCCAUAUAAAACUGGAUGGCUUGACUUACGACGACAAGCUGGAGAAUACCGACAGCGAGCAGUUCCAUGCACUGGCUGACGACCUGGAGGAGAUUCUGGAACAGACCUACAAGGAGGAUCCUUUGCUUGCCAAGUACUACAGCAAAUCAGUGAUCUCCGCUUUCAGUGAGGGAGUCCUGGCUUACCACUGGACACAGCUUGACAUCCCAGCCUCUGAUCUGGAGUUUCUGCCAGAGUUGACGGAGGAGAGGGUGAUUGAAGUGCUCCGCAGCGGAAUCCGUCAGCAGGGCAGGCGGAGCAAGCAGUCUUUGGCCAUUACUGAUGUUACAGCGUCCAUCACAGACCCCCGUAUGGCCAGGAAUCCCAGAGCCCAGGAGUGCUUUUACCGUCUUGAGGCAGACAACACGGUCCAAACAUUUGAGUCUCCAGGAUUCCCCGUCAAGUAUCCCGCCCAUGCCCGCUGUCAGUGGCAAAUUCGUGCCAACAAAGACAACGCCAUCUAUGUGAAAUUCCCUUUGUUCCAUAUCGAGGAUGACUGCUCCAACGACUUUGUGGCCAUUUACGACUCCCUGAGUCCUGAUGAGUCUCAGACUAUCACUGAGCAGUGUGGCCAGCGGCCACCCACAAACCCACUGGAGGUGGUCUCAUCCAGCAACAUCAUGCUUAUCAAUCUGAUUACGGACAGCGAAAUCCAGCGGCCCGGCUUUAAAGGAGAGUACACGGCCAUUCCUAUCACCACAGCUAAGACCUGUGGAGGAGAUCUCACUCAGUUAGAGGGAAACUUCAGUUCUCCUCAUUUUCCCAGCUUCUACCCUCCUGCACUGGACUGCACCUGGACCAUCAAGGUGCCCGAGGGCAAGAAGGUGCGCUUGAAGUUCAUGAUGUUCCGUAUGAAGGAACCCGGCGUGGACGUCCGCGUGUGUCACAAGGACCACGUAGAGGUGAUGGGCACCAAGUAUUGUGGAGAGAGAUCCAUGUUGGCUCUCACCAGUGAAACCAACACAAUGACAGUGAAGUUCCACUCGGAUGAAUCCUACACAGACAAAGGAUUCAUGGCUCUGUACAAUGCGUUUGAUCCAAGAAAUCCUUGUCCUGGUCAGUUUGCCUGUGCGACUGGGAUGUGUAUUUCUAAGGACCUGCAGUGUGACGGCUGGAAUGACUGCGGGGACAUGAGUGAUGAGUCUUCCUGCAAGUGUGCCUCUGAUCAGUUUACCUGUGCUAACGGCAUGUGUAAACCCAGAUACUGGGUGUGUGAUCGUGUCAAUGACUGUGGAGACAACAGUGAUGAACUGCAAUGCAGCUGUGAGGCAAACGAGGUGAAGUGUGGAGACGGGGCCUGUAUUCCACAGGAAGGCUUGUGUGACGGACGGAAAGACUGCGCUGAUGGCAGUGAUGAAAGCUCCUGCGACGUUUCGACCAUGUGCACACCGUUCACCUUCAAGUGUACGGAUGGGACUUGCAUGAGCAAAGUAAACGCAGAGUGCGACCGAGAAAAGGAUUGUGCUGAUGGAUCUGACGAGGAGGGUUGCGACUGCGGCGUUCGGCCGUAUAAACACAAUCGAAUCGUGGGUGGCCAAGACGCGGACGUAGGGGAGUGGCCGUGGCAGGUCAGCCUACACUUCAGGACAAGCGGACAUGUCUGUGGAGCCUCCAUCAUCUCCCCAAAGUGGCUGCUGUCUGCCGCCCACUGCUUCAUAAGCAGCGAUCCCGCUUACAAGGUGGAGUCCAACUGGCAGACGUACAGCGGAAUGCAGGACCAGUUCAAGCAGGAGAACGUUCAAAGGCGCGCGGUCAAGAAAAUCAUUGCCCACCCGAAUUACAACCAGAUGACCUUUGACUAUGACAUCGCCUUGCUUGAGCUGAGUGAACCGCUGCAGUUCAACAACCUGGCGAGUCCCGUGUGUUUGCCGGCGAGCUCGCACGUCUUCCCCGCCGGAAUGCCCUGCUGGGUCACGGGGUGGGGCACGCUCCGAGAAGGAGGCCGGCUUGCACAGGUUCUGCAGAAGGCCCAGGUGAAGAUCAUUAACGACACGGUGUGUAAUGUGGUGACGGAGGGACAGGUGACGUCUCGCAUGCUCUGCAGUGGUUUCCUGGCUGGAGGAGUGGACGCGUGUCAGGGAGAUUCAGGCGGUCCCCUGGUAUGCCAGUCAGAGGCUAAUAAAUGGUUCCAGGCGGGCAUUGUGAGCUGGGGCGAGGGUUGUGCCCGUAGGAAUAAGCCUGGUGUAUAUACCCGCGUCACCAAGAUGCGUGAGUGGAUUGACAAUCAGAUGAAAGAUGUAUAGUGACUGGUGUGUGACGACGCUGCACUGAAAAUCACCUUAAAUGUCCUCAGGAAGAACUAAUGUCAGCAAGGAUUUUGUAUCUUUUUGUUACUGACUGUUUUAAAGCACCAAUGUUGCCAAAUGUCGAUCCUGUACAGUGUAGCGUACAACUUUCCAUAAACCUUCUCUGCAGCUGGUAUAUUUUUCUGUCCAUGGAUUCUCAGGAAACUGUGCCAGAGGGAGUGGCGAAUGAGAUUGAUUAGGGGAGAUAAGGGUAUGCG